AUGUUUGCUGAAUCAUAUAUUUACAACAAAUAAAACUGUAUAUUCGGAUUACUUUAAGGGAUUGACAUUUUUGGUGUAGGUAUUAGUAUAAGGUUUAAUUAAUAGAGCAAGCACAAGACAGGUUUUGGAGGUUUAAUUACUUUAAUAUUGGGUGGCUUAUUAUUUGUUCUUUUAGUUUAAUCUAUUUUAUCAAUUAUUAAUAAGUCAAAUCCUCAUGUAAUUUUUUAGUAGGACUUUGUUUCUAAUCCAUCGCGAUAUAAUUUAACUAACGAGAACUUUUCAUUUGCAAUAACAUUGCUUGAUUCUUAGUUUAAUCCAAUAUAUGACAAAAGUAUAUUUAGAAUCGAAGGUAAUUUUCUCUACAAAGAACCAUAAUUAAAUACUGAUGGUAGUGAAAGUACUUCUAUUUUUAAGAAUAAAGUGAUUGAAUUUGAGCUCUGUACUACGUAAAGCUUCUAAGUAAAAGGCACAGAAAGUUAUUUUUUGAGUUUGGAUUACUAGAGCAUGUAUUGCUUUAAAGACAUCAACGAUUACUAUCUCGUAGGCUAGUUUGAAAUGGAAGAAUUUUCAGUUAUUUAAAUUAACGUUAUCCCUUGUGAUUAAUCUGAUCCUAAUAAUUAAGUAUAGUGUAUGGAAGAAUCUAAAAAAAAUAAUAUACUUUCUCAUGCUUAAUUAUAAGUUUACUAUAUAAACCAGGUAGUUCAAGUUGAAAGCCAAUAGCAACCAUUCAAGCCUAUGGGAAUUACUUAUUUUUGGGAAAGCAACAUUGAUUUUUUAUAGAAUAUUAAUUUAAUGUUUAUGAAAACAUAUAUUCAAGAUGAUAUUGGAGUUAUUUUUGAAAAUAAUGUUUAAAAUAGUUCUUUACUUUUUAGCAGAGAGCGUACAACUAUGUCAAGCAAAAAGGACCUAUCGAUUUAUUAACUUAGCUUGUACUUAGAAAAGAACAAAGAAUAAACUUAUUCAAGAAAAUACUAGAAGAUUUUUGACUGUUUUUCUUCUAUUGGUGGAAUCUACAAUGUUCUAUUUGCUAUAGGUUGCAUAAUUGCUCAGCCUUACUCCUAAAUUUAAUUAAAUAGAAAACUGUUUAACUCUACUUUUUAAGUUAAUACAAAUGAUGGAAAUAAUUAACUAAACGAUAGUCAAAGUAUUAUCAAAUCAAAUACCAAAAAAAAUAAUUCCAAAAAAGAGGAAGCAGAAAUUUAAAAUGAUUUAAAAAACAAUAACGAUAAAUUUUAAAUAGAUAAAUUAGAAAAAGCGAACUAAUUUUUUAAAGGAUCUUAAAUUGAUGAAAUUAUAGAGGAUAAUGAAAGCAGUAAGUCAGUUCUUGAUUUGUUCAAGUAGCAAUUUAAUGUAAUUAAGAUUUAAACUAGAGAAUAUUUAUCUUAAUAUUUUAGCUGCUUUAAGAGCUAAAUGAGAGAAUUGAUCAAUUUUGGAACAAAGUAAAUAUUUGGCUACACAGACAUUUGUUUUAUUGUAAAUAAGCUUAUUGAAUUAGAAAAGCUGAAGGCGAUUUUGCUAAAUGAAGAGUAGAUUAAAUUAUUUGAUUUUAUUCCUAAGCCUUCAAUUAAUCAUUAAUUUAUGAGAUAAUUUGGAAAGAGAGAUAAUAAAGUGGGAAGAUGCUUAAAAAAUGAUCCAAAAAUGUAAACUCAAAAAAAUGAACAAAAAUACUAAAGAAAUUAAGAAUGUGUUCAAAACCAAAUACUAAAUAAAUAAUUUAAUAUUUUAUCAGUUUAAAAUAAAUCAAAUUAUGAGAAAGCGAGGCAAGCGCAGUAAGCUUUUAACAAUAUUUACAGGAAUAAACAAAAGUAAUCUAAAAUUGACAUGAAACUAAUUCAGCUGCUUAAUCAAGAUUUGAUUGAAUUAUUUGAUAAUAAUAUAUUCUCACAAAAUAAUUUGGCAGGCAGUGUUUAUUUAUUUAAUUCAUCAAUUAGUAGAACAAGAUAAAAAAUUGACUAAUCUCCGAUAUUCAAUCAAUAAAACAGAUUUUCAAAACAGUUCUUUAAUAAAAACUUCAAAAAAUUUAACAAAACUUUGAAUUUUAGUUAAGAAUUUCAGUAUGAAAAUGAUUGCGAAGUAGACUUUUUUGAAAGUAUUCAUGAAGCCUAAUUUAAUGAAAUUACUGAAGCAGAUUAGAUUAUUUAGAAUUACUAACCUCAGCGAAAAAACUUUAUAUCAUAUACACAAUAAAAAAACUAGGUAUUUUAAAACGAUUUUUAACUAAAAAAGCAAUUAUCAAAUAAAUAAUGA